AUGGUGGCAGCAAGAGUCGAUUUUGGCAUUGGAGGAAUGACGAAUACAGGGAAACCAAAGUCUAGGUGUUACAAAUGUCCUUUUAACGGAUGCGAGAAGGAGUACAACAGACCAAGUUUGCUUCAACGGCAUCUGAAUUCGCAUACUAAUCAAAGGCCGUAUCCUUGUGAUGAACCGGGAUGUGGUAAAAAAUUCAUAAGACCAUGUCACCUGCGAGUCCAUAAGUGGACUCAUUCUCAAAUCAAGCCUAAACCAUGUACUCUAUGUAAAAAAAGAUUUGUCACAAACCAGCAAUUAAAGAGGCAUCUAAACAGUCAUAAAAGAAAAAACAGAGUUGCAUCAAAAAAUAACUAUAAACACGAAGGACCGUGCUCGAAUAUUAAAGCAGAACUCAGUGGCGUGGAUGGGGGCUUAGACCCAGCAUUAACUUCUGGCUCUGUAAUGUACGAUGAAGAAUCCUUGCAAGGUCACCUGCCUGGAUCUGAUGACAUGCGAGUGUUACAAUGUCCAUACAAAUCGUGCCAGAAAGUCACCAGCUUCAAUGACGAUCUAAUCAACCAUAUGUUGCAACAUCAUAUAGCAAGCAAGCUUGUAGUGCCAUCCGAAGAGUCACGUCUAAAGAAGUCGACUCCAACCUCUGUGGAGUCGAGUAGCACAGACAUUACCUCCAUCCCACAGCUUUCACUUAGCACUACUGGGACGAGCAGUAGUGAUAGCAGCAACGAAACUAUGGCGCGGAGUCCGAAUGAUCCAGAGAAUUACUGGUCCGAUAAUCGGUGCAAGCAAACUGAAUGUCAAGAGCUUAGUCCAUUCGCAUCUGUGUUUGAUCUCAUUGAACACUAUGAUCGCACACAUGCGUUUAUUCCUGAAACACUGGUAAAGUACAGCUACAUCUUUCUAUACAAGCCUAGCGUCCGGGGUUUAUUUGAAUACUGA